CGUUGACAAUUUAAAACUAGUUGGGUUUAAACAUGCUGAUGAAUUUGUAAAUUAUAUUUUUGCAAUGAAAUUUAAUGUAACUAAUGAAAACUCAGAUAAUAAAAUAGGCACAUUUGAAGAAUAUAUGGAUAUGAAAUUGAAAAAAAAAAAUAAUAUAAAACCAGACGAUAUCGAUCAGACAAUAUCACUGACAGAUGAAGAGAUUAGAACUCUUAUACUUUCUUUCUAUGGUGAAAUCAGAUCGCAUUCUGGAUUUUCUCUGUCUACACUAAUGACUCCAAAAGAAUUUUGUGUACAUGAUAAUAAAAAACAAAUAACUGUGAAACAGACGUCGGAAAAUAUACAAAAAAUACAAAUUUCAAUUCCUGUUGAAAAAGUAGAAUUGCUGAGUAAUUUUGACGAAAAUGAAGAAGUUACGGAAUCGUCUAAUGCACAAAAGGAAACAAAACAGCCGAAUCGCUGCGACACGGAAGAUGAAAUAACACAGAAGAAUUGCUGCUCCUCUAGAAUAAUUGGUGAAGACAUUGGUAAGACGACAUAUUUGUUACGUAUAUGUUACUUAAUAGCUGAUAUUUAUAUUAUAAAUUUUAAACUAAUUUUAACCGUUGAAGUUAAAUGA